AUCAGUCGCUCAAGGCAGACCGGAACAAACCGAUCGGAAAACCUGGGCGCGUAAUAUAUAAAGCCGAGUUCUUUACUGGGACGGGUGUUUUGGGCCGGCCGGUACUGAGCGGGGACCACCGCAUGUGCUGAUCUGACCGGCGGUUCGGAGCAUCCUACGCGGAGUUCUCACUUCUGUUUUCCUGUUCCACUCGUCGCCUGGUGCGGAUUGCGCUAAGUGGUGGAUACGAGAGUCGAGCAGUACCGAGAGUCCGAUCUACAGACAGAACAAGCAACCUAAAUUCCCCUUUCACUUGGUACAGGAACCGACACUUGUUCCGCAAUGGCCAGCCUUGUCAUGGACCUGGUGGAACUGCUCAAGUCGCACGCCGACCCCCGCACUAAGGACUUUCCGUUGAUCGGCAACCCAACGAUGGUGCUGACCCUUAUCGCCGGUUACCUGUACGUGGUCAAGGUGUGGGGGCCCCGGUUCAUGGAGGACCGCAAGGCCUACGACCUCAAGCGCGUCAUCAUGGCUUACAACGCCUGCAUGGUGGCGCUCAACGUGUUCUUCUUCUACAAGUUCCUUUCGCACUCGUACUUGGGCGGUGGUUACAGCUGGCUGUGCCAGGGUAUCGACUUCAAAGACCCCGGGUCGAUCACCAUCGUGUCCUACUGCUGGUGGUACUUCAUGGUGCGAAUCCUGGACUUCGCCGACACGCUCUUCUUCCUUCUGCGCAAGAAGUAUAGCCACAUUUCGUUCCUACACGUCGUCCACCACAGCCUGGUCGUCUGGAAUGGCUGGCUCUUCAUCACGUUCGGCGCCGACGGCCAGGGCAUCAUGGGCGUCUGUAUAAACUCGUUCAUCCACAUCGUCAUGUACACCUACUACUUCCUGUCCGCCCUGGGACCCUCCGUGCAGAAGUACCUGUGGUGGAAGAAGUACAUCACCACCAUGCAGAUCGUCCAGUUCGCCGUCUUCAUCGCUUUCGUCUGCGUGCCCCUGUUCAAGGACUGCGGAUACCCGCGCUUCCUGACCUACCUUGCCGCGUCACAAUGCUGCUUCUUCCUGGUGCUGUUUGUCAACUUUUACAUUCACACCUACGUGAGAACAAGAAAGGGCGAAGUGCAUUUUUUCUGCGGCAACUACGAGGCCACUUCGCGGGCCACCGUGCCGGCCAAGGAAGGCGAGCAGCCAACGACGAAUGGAAGGAGAGUACUCACCAACGGUGCCGUCGCGAACGGCAACGGUCACGUAAAUGGCUGCUGCAACGGUGCUGGACUUAAGAAGAGGGAAGCCAAGAUACGCACCCAUUAGAUUGCGGGGGAAAAAAAAGCGUGGGCAGUGAAAUGUUCGGAGUGAGUGCCAACGAUGUCACGAGCAUCUUCAACGUUCGCGACGUCGUCGGGACUGACAAUGGGCGCCUUGCGGGACUGAAUCGUUAUCAUUGUGGUGUCCACCAGCUGACCGGAAGCGUCUAUUUAUUUUCCAGCGUUUGUCAAAACGUGGCGAGCUCUACUGAUUAUUCUAGGGCGGCGAAACUAAUCGGACCUACAGCUACGGACGUGCGAAGGUUGUACAGCCGCCCUGAUUUUUAAUAAUAUAGCGCGAGCGUCGACUGAACUGCUGGUGAGCGCCUUAUAACGGCGAUAAGCGUUCAACAAGGCGAGUGCAACAAGGCAACAAGGCGAGUGCGCGAACUCUCGCCUUGUUGCACGCUUAUCGCCGUUAUAAGGCGCUCACCAGCAGUUCAGUCGACGCUCGCGCUAUAUUAUUAAAAAUCAGGGCGGCUGUACUUAUGGACCGACGCAAAGCGCACUGUCGCACGGCGUAUUGUCGCUCAUCGUAGUUAUGUGUGUUACCACAUGGUGGAUGGUGGUCGUGUGCCUGUUGGGUGUUCCAUCUAUUGCCUGCCGGGCAGUUAGAGAUCAACGAACUCAUCCUGCGUGGACUGAAACAUUAAAUGUGAUUCGCGCAGCGCAUCUGAGACGAGACGUAAGGACACAGAUACACAUACGCAGGGCAAUAAUGUCCUUUUGUCCCGUGCUAGAUGCGCCACGCAAAUGGCAUUUAAAAUCACGCGUCAACAAGCCGAACUUGCAACCUUAGCUGAAAGUAAUGUUUCGUUUUUUUUUUCAUUUAUUCAUAUUGCACGUUCACCUUCAUUUCACGUACGUAGUAAAACAUUUCUAGUUCGCUGCCCCCCUUUUUUUAAUUCAUGGCAAAGUAUGACAGUGCAGUUGCUGCAGAAGCUGUGAUAUAGCGGCUCUUGCGUGUUUUGUGUGUCGCGGUCAUGCGUCUUUCAACAAUUGUGCGUGGCGUGUCUGCGAUUUCAUCAUGUCUCUUGUUUUAUCACCUGGCAGCCAACUACUGUACAUAGACGUUUGCUGUAAUGUUGUGCUUUUUAUGAAUACACACGUUUUCAUCAGUCA